UUUUACACUGUUGUGUUCCUGGCAGUUCUGUCAGCCUUACUCACACUGUACAGGACUUUGCUCAGUUGGAAUUUCCACUGUCGUAGCGUUUUAGUGGAAGUUGUCUUGUUUGAAUUGUGAUCAUUUUCGUACUGUGUUUAUUUGAUAUUGCCUAUUUUUUCAGUUGGCCACAAAUAAUCGUUUGGCACCCACUGCACGUAAAGUACAAUAAAUGGAUCAUGAACUUGAGUGGGCAUUAGCUCUAGAAGAGGACUUGCCUGACUUUUCUAUCAGUGAGUCUUCCUCAAUGGAGAGUCAUGAGCAGCCAUACCAGUGGCACAUACCCAACCCCUGGGACUCCACCCCCAGUUUUCAGCUUGGCCCACAGAGCAACUUUUUGCCCAUAACUAUGACUCCAGGGGAUGAAACUUUUGAUAGUUUGCUCCCCAGCCAGGGUACUGAGAGCAAGCAGCAUUGGGAACAGUGUGUACAGACGGAUCCAUGGACAGCAGAGUCAGCAAUGAACACUGAAGACGAUUGGGAGUCACUGAUGCGACAGAUAGAGGAGAGGGGGACACAGCUGGCCCUUCAGUAUGAAGUUCUGCUGAAGCAGCAAGCCACUGACCAGAUGGUGCAUGACAGCCGGGUCAAAAUCCUCGAGCUUCAGAGAGACGGCGGCAUCAGACAGCAGCAGGCGCUCAUUGACAAGAUGGAGUCACUGCGUGUGAAACUGAAGCUGAACUGCAGCAAAACAACCAGAAAAAACUUCACCCUCAAGAAGCAGGAAUUGACGAAAGACAAGGAACGACUAGAGGAGGAGAGGAACAGACUCUCACUGGACCUGGGGGAGUCCGAGAGAAGGCUGACAGCACUGAUAGAGGAGCAGUGUCAGGAAAAGCUGACAUGGGAGCAUGAGCUGGCUGAGCUGCAGAAAGAGGCAGACAGACUGUGCAGUGAGGCAGAGGAAGCUAAUCAGUCUGCACUGAGAGAUGAGAUAUCAGCUUUGGAGAUGCAAAGGGAAGUGAUCAUUUCUCAGGUGGAAGAAUGGAUUGCUGAAGCGGAGCGAUAUCUCCAAACCCUCCGGUUAGACACAUCUCAGCAGCACCUUCAGCAUAGACUGGAUUGGGACAAGAAUGUGAACAUUGGCCAUACCUACAUGGGAAACCUGCAGCUCCAGUUUAAUGAGCAGUUGCAGUGUCUCCAGAAUGGCCAGCAGCGGGACAGUCUUCCUCCUGUUUCCCUUCCACCAUUACCACAAGUUCCCACACUGGAGUUGGUUCUGGGUCCCAUGACUUCGCCCCGCCCCUUUAUGUCUCAGCCCCCUCCUGUCUCCAUGGGAAUGCCCUUCCAGCAGCUUCACCCCACUUCGACCGACACCCCUGCGAGAGUGACCCCCGAAGCUGUUUCCUCCACCCUCCAGUGUACCAUGUCCUCUGAAACCUUGGCCAAACCAAAUCCCACUCCCCAGCCCCCUGCUACCAGCCUUGCACCUGCCUCCACCUCCUUUAACCCAGCCCAGCCCACUGGUAAACUGGACAAGCUACUGGAUAAACUGGGAGCCCGAUUCCCAACCUGUAGCAGGGGCACACUAAUCUUUGUGCUGCAGCAGAUUAAGACAUCACGCUCGGGCACCAUGGCCGGGCUGUCAAUGGAGGAGCUCACCCUGCAGGUAGCACAGAGAUUGACACAGAUGGAUCGACAGCAUUUGGGUCCAAUCAGGCCUCCACCUGGAGCCAGGAUUUUUCCUGGCUCAGCUCACCAGCUGCAGAGAGCCCCUCUCCCUGCUCAGGGACCAGCUGUAGCCCAGGUCUUCCAAACUCAACCGCCACAGGCUGCGGCUCUCAGUCUUAAAAUGUGCCUGGUGUGUCAGAACCAAGUGGAGACCGGCAGUCAGCAUGAGGUCAGCUGCUCUCAUACUGUUCACGAAGAGUGCAUCAGCGUUUGGCUGCAGUCCACCAAGAACAACUCCUGUCCAUUCUGUCCUUCCAAAUAACCAAAAAGGAAAGAAGCGAUGGCUUGUUGAUGGAGGAAAAAGAGAUUGAGUUACACAUCAGAUGGCCCAAAUUGAAGUUAUCAGAAUUACUGUGAUUACCACUGUGAUAUAAAUUGUUAAACAUAUGGGUCUCCCAGUGGCAUGGUGCACAGUUGCACCUCAAGUUGUUGUAAUGUUUUUUCACCCACCAUAUUGUCAGAUUCCAGUUGGAGCUGGUCAGUGUCACGUAUUACUUAUUUGAAAACUAUUAAAUAUGUUGUCCUCAUCGUUCUGUACACUUGUCUCUUAGUCCCUACAUUUAAACCUUGUCUGAAAAGGUUCUAUUUGGAAGAAAAUAAAAAUCAUGUUCCUUCGAUUAUUGAAAUUGAACCCCUUCAAAAUUUCCUUUAAAAAUUAAAUGUCCGAUUCUACUGAGUUUUAGCCAGUGUUACAGGUCAGUUAUAGGCCAGUUCUUGGCUUGAAUAUACCUUUUCAGAGCCUCAUCCACACAUUAAAUAAGUGACGUUGGCAAGCCGUUUAAGCAUUUUAGUAGAAUAUAUGUUCUGGUUCACAAUCUUAAUUAAAGUUAUAAUGUUUGUGAAGGGUCAGGAGAUUCAGUUAAUGUUCACAUCAACCAUCAGAAUGGGGAAAAAUGUGAUCUAAGUGACUUUGACCGUGGAAUGAUUGUUGGUGGCAAAUAGGGUGGUUUGAAUAUCUCAGAAACUGGUGAUCUCCUGGGAUUUUCUGACCACAGAUAACGCAGUAUUUUAAAGCUGUUUCUUCAAAUAAUGAUUAAUCACACGAUAAGGGGUUUACAACAUUUAUUUCUCAACCCUUUUGCAUCAUGGUUUUUGCAUCAACUCAAAAAUCUAAAUCCAAUUCCAUACCUAAAAAAAGAAGGCCAAAUAUAUCAGUAAAAGUGCUAAUUAUAGUUUCUAAUAAUGUACUGAAAUUAUAGGUGUAGACUAGAGUGGGAGCAGGGUGUGCUGCCCCCCCAAAAUGUUUGUCCUGAAAUUUCUGUCCUUUCCAAUUUGUGAUUCUAUCUGAACCUGAAACAUCUUGUCACUCGAUGGUCUCUCUAACAGAGCUUCGGAAGUCCUCUGCAGACAUGGGAGGACCUGUCGGAAGGUUUGUUAUAAAAUAUAUUUCCUUCUGAAUUGCUAAGUAAAAUGGGCCAUUCCAAACAUUAUUCGGAGGAACAAAGUCAUUUGAUAAAAAAGUUGAUUGGAUAGGCUGAAAUUAGAAUUAAAUGCAGUAAAUUAUAGGAUGCUCAGCUAAAAUGAUCUCAAAUGCUUUAAAAUGACCACAAAAACCAGAAACACACAGAAGAAGACGGGCAACUACUGUUGAAACGGAUUGGAGAAUAGUCAGAAUGGCAAAGAUUCAGCUCCAGAAAGAUCAAAGAUGAUCUACAAUUACCUGUAAGUGCUGUUACCCUCAGAAGACAUUUGAUCAAAGCUAUAAGCUAUCAGCAAUAAGCCCCCGUGAAGCACCAUUGUUGAAAAAACGGCAUGUGCAGAAUUGGUUAAAAUUUUCCAAGGAACACCUUGAUUAGCCCAAAGAGAAAUGGCUUAACAUUCUGUGGACUGAUGAGAGUAAAAUUGUUAUCUUCGGGUCCAGUCGCGGUACUGAAUUCAAGCCACUGAAGACAGUGAAGCAUGGUGGCACAAAAAUCAUGGUAUGGGGAAGCUUUUCAUACUACGGUGUUGGGUUUGUAUACCAGGGAUCAUGGAUCAGUUUGAAUACAUCAAAAUACUUGAAGAGAUUAUGUUGCCGUAUGGUUGACUCAACUUCUGCGCAUCUGCAUCUGCGUUUCAUCAAAAACAAUGGUUAUGCAACUAAAUAUUUGUUAAAUCUUGAAAAAUGUCUUCAGUUAUACAGUAAGUGUUUGAGUUUGAAGAGAAAAAUGUUGACACUGACAUUUUUUUGAGCAGAUUAAUAUUCCUUUUCUUUGCUUCCUGUAGAAUAAUGCAGACUUGAGAAAAUUUGUUAAUGCUUUGAUUUGGUAUUGAAUGUGUAAUGUUUCCACUACAUUUGAAAUAUGGAACUAAAAGCUAUUAAAAGCUAUUUAUUCA